AUGGCUGAAAUGGAGAUCACUCCCAUGGAUGGUCUUGCAUCGUCUAUUGCUAAACUGUGUUCUAAAAUGGACAAUGUUGUAAAAUCUGUGGAUGCUAACACGUUAUCUCUACAAGACUUGAAACAAAGUUUUGAUGCAACUUCCAAAAAGGUUGAGGAACACAGCUCUGAAAUAGAGUCCCUUAAGACUGAUAAUAGCAAACUUACACGCUAUAUUGGGAUACUUGAGGGCAGGAUUAACAGGCUCGAACUUAAGUCUGAUCAACAUGAUGAUGACUUGGAAGAUCUAAGACUCCGCAGUAUGCGCUUAAACGUGUGUUUCUACAAUGUUCCUGAACAAAAGGGUGAAGAUGUUAAACUUGUGGUUCUCGGAAUCCUGACCAAAGCAAUGGGUAUACCUAUUGAGGCAAUUCGCUCAUCCUCUAAUUUAGCUGGUUCAGUUAUGAUUGACGUAGCACAUAGAUUUGGAGGAGGUAGAACAAGGCCUAUUGUUGUACGCUUUUCGGACCGUUCAGGCCAAAUGUUGGUGAUGUCUCAUGCCAAAAACCUAAGAAACAGUUCUGUGAACAUUUCUGACCAACUGCCUAACACAAUGAACAGAAAACAUGUUGCCCAACUUCCCAAGCUAAAAUCGCUACGCUCAGAAAACAAUGGAGUCCAGGGAUUUAAGGCUCAUCUAAACAGAGGUGUACUUGUGGUUAAUGGUGUAAAGCAAGAUCCAGGGUUUGUGAACAAUCCCCUCGAUCUACAGCUUAAGGAUAUAUCCCCCGACAUAUGCAGGGACGAUAUUGCAGCCUCCAAAGUACACAUGCGUUAUAAUAAUAUCAUCCAAGGGUUUUGCUGCAACGUUGCUGACAAGUCACAAGCGAAAGCAGCCCUGGCUACUCUUAUCAGUGAUUGUGAUGUGAGUAAUGCAGAUCACCGCUCGUACGCGUACCGAUAGUUGCUGACUCGGGUCUCCAAGAAGGCAACAGUGAUGACAGAGAUUAUGGCACCAGUAGGAUUAUACUCGACAGAAUGCAAGAACUUAAUAUUUUGAAUGCCAUCGUUGGCAUUUCACGUGUGAACAAAGGCAAACUCAAUGGUAAAGUCCUAAAAGAACUGGUCCUGGAGGGCUGUAAUGAAGCACUGAGGAAAGCUGGACUCAUACAAGCUUAAUUUCAUCAUCAACGUAUGAUCACCCUAGUUGAUUCUUAGUAAUUGUGGUUAGAUUACUGCAUUGCAUCGACACCAAGGUGUCUGUUUUUAUUUUAUUUUGUUUAUGUUUUGAGGCUACCCAAGGGGCAUUUCAGUUCAUUAUUGGACUGUAACACUUACACUAUUGUUUUCCACCUCUAGCUUUUUCAGUUAACGGGUGUUGAUCAGGUAGUGACAGAGAGAGACCAAUGUGUCUAGUUGAUUCUUAGUAAUCGUGGUUAGAUUACUGCAUUGCAUCGACACCAAGGUGUCUGUUUUCAUUUAUUUUUUGUUUAUGUUUUGAGGCUACCCAAGGGGCAUUUCAUUUCAGUUCAUUAGUGGACAGUAACAUUAACACUAUUGUUUUUCACCUUUAGUUUUUAUCAGUUUGUUGAUCAGGUAGUGGCUGAGAGAGAUAAAUCAAGCGAAUGCAUUAUUAUUACUCAGCAAUUUAUUGUUCCACAACAUGU